CUCUGUGUGACAUUACUCUGUCUCAUCUACGCAAUUUGCUCUGGGCCUAGCGUCUUGUGCCUGCUUCUCGCCUUGUACGAGCACACUUGAUCACCUCGACUAUCUUUCCAAGCCACCUUCUCUCCUUCCCGCUCGCACUCAGGGGCAUCAUGGGCUUCGCCGCGCGAGCUGCACAGUCCGAGCCGCCGGCGCCGUACGUUAUCCCUCCAUCGCAAGAAUUCGACGGCAACGAUGGAAGUUGGAGCACUUUCAAGAUCAGUGUUGGAACGCCAGGCCAAGACUUCCGCGUGCUGCCCUCGACUAAAGGCGGAGUCACAUAUGUGAUAGCACCAGAAGGAUGUCUGGCAGAUAUAGACCCCGUAGACUGUCCUAAUAAACGAGGCGUCGGGGUCUUCGACAGUUCGCAGAGUUCUGGGUUCGAUGUCGGUAUAUCGACGACGUGGUCGGCGAUAGGACAGUAUGAGGUGGAUCUAGAGGAAACGCUUAAUUACACUGCACAAGGACUCUUUGGUUUCGACAGAGUGUCGCUGGGUUUUGCUGCAGAUGGUACCUCCCUCUCUUUGCCUCACCAGGUCGUGGCUGGAAUCGCCGAUUUGGACUAUUUCAUGGGUGUCCUCCCCUUGGGACUGCCAGAGGCAAGCUUCUCGAGCCUGAGCCAGUCUGUCGACUCGCUGCUGUAUACGCUACGGAAUGCCUCGAAGAUCCCCAGCUUGUCGUAUGCCUACACGGCCGGAGCCAGAUACAGAUUGAAGCGCGUGUUUGGAAGCCUCAUACUGGGAGGAUAUGAUUCGACGCGUUUCCAAUCACAUGCCGAUAGAGUCUCAUUCACAUUCUCCUCGGACCCGUCGAAGCUGUUGACAGUCGGCGUCCAAAGCAUCAUGGCAAUGAACACUCUGAGAGGAGCAUUUUCACUGACUUCAAGCGCGCACAUCUCCGUGCUCGACUCGACGAUACCUCAUCUCUGGUUACCGCGGGCCAUCUGCGACCAGUUCGAAGCAGCAUUCGGGCUGACAUACGACGCCACGACAGACUUCUACCUGGUCAACGACUCGAUCCACGACCGGCUCUUAGCGAAGAACCCGACAGUGACGAUCAAACUCGCAAACUCCCUCAAACACACAGCAACGCAGUACACCAACAUCCAACUUCCGUACGCCGCAUUCGACCUCCAAGCCACCUACCCCCACUACCAAAACGCAACAAACUACUUCCCCAUCCGCCGCGCUGCAAACACCACGCAAUACGCUCUCGGCCGCACCCUCCUCCAAGAAGCCUACCUGAUAGUCGACUACGAGCGAGCAAACUUCACCCUCGCACAAGCCAUAUUCCCCGACCCGCUCCCCGCCGCGAGAAUAAUCGCGAUUACGCCUCCCACACGCUCCGGCUCGAGAAAACCCGGACCCAGCACAGGCACGAUAGCCGGCAUAGCAAUCGGCAGCACCGCCCUCGUAGCCCUCAUCCUCGCGCUCACCAUCCUGUACUGCAAACGCCGCAACCGAAAACGAUAUGCCGGCACGCCCGUCGCGGAGCAAUACUCCACCCUCCAUCUCGCCAGCGAGGUCGCGCAUGGCAAAGUACAAGAAAUCGGCGGCACGCCGCUGGUCGAACUUGGCGCGCCACAGCAUCCGAAGACCGUCUUCAGCGUGACUAACAUGCUGCACGAACUACACGCCGCGCCAAAUACACCCGUCGCACCGCAAUGGCAGGGCGUUGGAUUCCCCGUGCGCACAUCAGCUCGGUAUGAGAUGGACGGGACGGGACGAGCCAUGCUGUAAGCCAGACUCCGAGGAGUGCCAGGAGGGGGCCUAACCUCGAUCCAAAAAUGGCAAAUGGUUCAGCUGCCGAGCUUCGUCCUUCUUUUGUACCACCUCCAUCUCGCCAUCUCCGUCUCAGCUCGCCGACGCAGCAUGGUCUACGGUACACUGACCCUCCAUGUGGAUUCUUGGCUUGCGUCUCCAUCGCGAUGGGUUACUUACUAAAGGUUGUGGGGAAAAUUGGAAUGAGCAUGAGGCUGGUGGAUUGGAUUGUAUCGGAUUGGAUCGAAGCGAGUCGUGUACUACGCUCGUGUACCGAUUUAGUUUUCUGUAGAGUAGUGGAUCAUGUAACGAGACCGAUCACGUACCGAGAGUCGAUUGCGCGCAAUUCUCAGCCCCUCUCCACUACAGAAUUUCAGAAGUGAUUAAAAAGUAGAACCUUCUUUACCUGUCU